AGCACCAAGGAGAGUGAAGUUGUUGAGAUGAUUAAGUAGCAUUUAUGAGUAAGAAUGGUUUCUGGUGUGAGGCUAUAUAAAUGCCAUCUCUCCCUAUGCCUUAAACCACAUCACAAACUAAUAAUAAGCACACUCUAAUCUCAGUAUCUGUGUUAAUUAAUCUUCUUGUGUGUUUAUCAUCGAUCAUGGGUGUUUUUGCUUACGAUGAUGAGAACUCCUCCACACUGCCUCCAGCAAUAUUGUACAAAGCUCUCACAAAAGAUUCAGACAGCAUCAUCCCAAAGGUUAUUCCUGUCAUACAAAGCAUUCAAAUUGUUGAAGGAAAUGGUGGACCUGGAACCAUCAAGAAGCUAACAGCUAUCGAAGGUAGCGAAACGAGUUAUGUGCUGCAGAAAAUCGAUGCAGUGGACGAAGCUAACCUGGGAUUCGACUACAGCAUAGUGGGAGGACCAGGGUUGCAUGAAAGUUUGGAGAAAAUCACACUUCAGACAAAGGUGGUGCCUGGUCCCGACGGUGGCUCCAUCUCCAAGGUUGCCGUCAAAUACCACACCAAAGGCGAUGCACCACUCUUGGAGGCUGUGCUCGAAGAAUCAAAGGCCAGAGGAACUGGUUUUUUCAAGGCUGUGGAAGGUUACGUUUUGGCAAAUCCUGCACAAUACUAGAUUCAUCUGUUUUUCUUCGAAAAUUUGUCUCUUCUCGUGGCUUCUUGAAUUUGGUCUGGUUUGGUUUAAUUUCCUUGCGAGCAAAUGUUGGUUUUAUGUGACAUUCUUAAGUGUUACAGUAUAAUGUCGGUGAAUUUGGUUGAGUACUGUAAUAUGAUCGAAAAUCUGUGUCUUGUUGGUGUUGA